CUGAUGAAACAGAUGGGUGAUGUUGAGGGUCCCAUGGAUUCAGAACAAACGUCCAGUUCUACUGUUGAUACUGUUACUAGUGUUAGUGUUACCGCCAAAGCCUCAACAGCUGAAAGUGUCUCGUCCUCUCAUCAGAAAGACUACGUAGUUGUUGAUCUAGAAUCCCAAGAUACGACCCACAGAUUACAAACUAUUCUCACACUCCAGUGGCUUUCUCAGCAUUACGAAGCAGUUGAAGGGGUUUCAUUGCCUCGCUGUUUGAUCUACAAGCACUACUCAGAAUACUGCCAGAAACACCAGUUCUGUCCCAUCAACGCAGCCAGCUUUGGAAAGGUUAUCAGACAGGUUUUUCCUGAGCUGCGUACCCGCCGUCUGGGAACACGCGGACAGUCAAAGUACCACUACUACGGUAUCCGUGUCAAGGAAUCCUCCCCUUACUUCGGAGUGUUCCUGGACUCUCAGCGUGUCUCGGCCCCUGCUCUGUACAGACACGCCAGUUUCCCCCUCCUGUCAUCCACAGCCCAGUGGCAAUCUUCUCUGCUCCAGUCUCGGACUGACAACCUGCCAUCACAGAUGACCUCCAUCUUGACGCUGCUGCCCGAGUUUCCAACGGCUGCGCAGACUCAACCAUGGGACGGCAUAGAGUUUCAGCAGGUUGAUGGAGUCAUUUCCCAGUACAGAUGCCACUGCCAGCAGGUCAUUGAGGACAUCCUGCGAGGAAAACUGGAAGAGGUGCCAGCAGCAGUGCAGCGGUUUUGGCAGAGUCUGCCCGAGGCAAUGAUACAGGUCUUACAGAGUGGCUCAUCAUCAGACAAACUAGCUGACAUGGUUGCACUCUGUGACAAUAUCCUGUACCAGACCAUGAUCAACAUUCUCAUCCCUGGAACUGUACAACAAUUGCCUCCAAGUCUGCUCCAUGCUAUCCGCAAUUUCUCCUGUGGAUUCCAGAAAGUCGUAGAGGAAUCUCUCCCUGGGCUGACGGAGUACUUCCAUCUCAAGCGAGUCGAAACUGUUAAGCGAUUUUGUCAGCUGUUGAAGAGGAAGACUUCACUGUCUCAUCUUGCCCAGGCCACACGAGCCGUUCUGAAGACCAAAGUGACCGUCACCCAAAUGAGCCACGACUGGCGGAAACGGACUGAGCAGAACACCGUGUGCUCCCAGCUCAUGUGGACAGCUCCGGGAAACUCAGCAAACAUCAAAACAGUGGUCAAGAAAUGUUUUUCGGAAUUUUCUCGGCUUCUGGAGAAGCAUGCAAGUGUUGAGGAGCACAUCAAAUGGCUUGACGCUGUCCGCAGCAAAUGCCUGAAAAAUAGUGGAGAUGGCGACCGUGAGAAGACAGAAGAGGUGGAGCGAGACUUCUUGCUGCAGUGGUCCUACGUCUGCAAUUUGCUCAUUCGAGAUCAGACACUGAGAAGUGCAACAAGUUUUGGUUCAUUCCACUUGUUGCAUCUGCUGUACGAGGAGUAUCUCUUGUUUAUGGUGGAUGUGCAGCUAAACCAGAAACAGGAGAGAGCCAUGUGGAGGAGAUUGUUCGAUACGGACAAAGAUGUUCCCAGCUACUUCCUGACCUCAGCCGAUUCCUGCGAGUUUGAUUCAGCAAGACGCCUCUCCAACGCACCCUUUGUUAAGACGGAAUACCUUCAUCGGUUGCCUGCACAAAUCGCCACCAGCCACUCAGCCAGAUAUCCCUCCAAUAUGACGUCUGGGCUGGACACCAGUGAAGGCCAGUACCUCUUCCAACCGUAUGCCGCACCUACAGGUAGGAUCUUUGCCAAGCCGUUGGUUGCAGCCGCAGCAGCUGCUGCAGGAUGCCCUAAUCAGGCAGUUACUCUUGGCAGCUUGACGGACAAGUCCGCCAGGAAUGCAACCCACUCUGCCAACUCCUGUACACCCUCCAAAAGUCAUGGGUACCUCAGCGGGAAGGCCCCAUCUUCACCUGUUACGCCAACCCAAAUGCUGACCAGCUCGCCACAUGUCAAGAAAGAGAAAGAUACCUCCCAGCUCACAUUUGGCAGGAGCCCCAAUGUUCUGACCAUACCUCUGGGUGGGACCAUUGCGUUCCUCCAGACGUCGCCUUCUAGAAGUGGCUCUAGUGGGGCGGUCACUGUCCUGCCGAGUGGCUACAGGAUGCCAACAUCCCCUGUUGCAUUUGCAGUUCCACAAGUGUCUACGCAGCAGCAGCAGCAGCAGCAGCAGAUCGCAGCAGCGAAUCUCACCCAGGUCCACGUGCAGACUGGUACAAACAGAGAGCCACCACCUCUCCAACCGAUCACCCAAAGACAUCAGGGGGCCCCUGGAAGCCUGAACCAAACAAGCCUGCCACAAGAAACCCAGAAACCACAGCAGAAAGUGCUGGCUACAAAGAUAAUCAAGGCUGUCCCAGUGUCGAGUGAGUCUAAACAAAAGCCAGUUUCGUUCCAGUUUUCCAUUACCACGAACCAGAAAUUAAAUCUCUCCAAAGGGCAGAUUUUAACCACCACGAAUGGGGAACGGUAUGUCAUCAAUGAAGUACAAAGUUCUACACAAACUGAAAAUGUGCAGUAAAGCUAGAUGAAGUAACAUAGUAAGUGAUACAUGGAGUUUAUGCGAGAUUGUCUUUUUAUUGUGCAUUGUGAAAUUAUGGGUGGUUGCCCUGAGAGUUUCGGGAUGAAAUUUGGGUAAUAGUCCCUGAGAAGUGGCUA